AUGUUUUCGAGAGUACGGUUCAAACGACACUUUGCAAAAGGAAGUCGACAUCGCCGUGAGAAGCAUGGAGAAGCAACCGAACAGCCCGAACCCCCUCCGGAUCGGGUCGUAUCAGAUGCUGGUUUGGACGUGUCCAUGCCAGAUGGCGAAUCUUUUACCCCCGCAAAAGCAAACCUUUGGGAGGUGGCUGGAGAAAAACUAGAUGAGAAAGACCGACAGGCUCUGGGUUUGGAGACACCCUUCCCUAUCACGAAUGCCAUCGAGAAUGUCAUCAAGACUACGGAAGAGAAGUACCGCGAGUACAAGGAGGGUGGGCUCAAGAUUCGCAAGCGCAACGGGGGGCACAUCAACGUCCGCGAUUCCGCCAAGAACAUCAUUCUUCAUGCAUUGCAGGCACACGAACUUGUCUCUAAAUUGGUAUGUUAUGAUCUGACUGGCUAUGCAUCAAGUGCGUGGUCAAUUGUUGCGAUUGGUCUGUCGAUGAUCAAAAAUGACAUUGAACGUCGUGACGACAUAUUCCACGCAGCUGAAUAUCUAGCCGGAAUUCUAUCCUACUAUGCGAUCAUUGACAACCAAUAUCGAGAAAGAAAAGUAGAAAGCGAUCGAGGAUUGGAAGACGCUCUGGUUGAAGUCUACUUGGCUGUUCUUCAGUACACGGCAGAGGUGAAAAGGGCAGAAAAUGAAAGCAAAGCUGAAGCCCGCGUGGGAGGGAGUAUCAAGGCUCUUGUUCAAGAACCGCUGAAGGAACUCAAGGAAACUGUCGAAAAGAAAGAGCAGGCUGUUUCAAGAUGGGCAGAUCUUACGGCAGCUCUAGACCACAGGAAACAAGCCGAAAGCAUGCUCGACGGAAUAGACGAUGCUGUUGAAAGGCUGAAGAUUAUCCAAUCGCACACUAGAAGCUUGCAAGACCGAGAGAUUCUCGACUGGCUAUCCACGGCAUCCUAUUCAGAUCCCCAGAAUAACACUCAAAGCCGCCGGGCAUUAGACACGGGGAAAUGGUUUCUCAACAUGCCCGAGUAUAAAGAGUGGAAGGUCACGCCCGGAAAGAUCUGUUGGCUUUACGGAGCAGUCGGCUGCGGAAAAUCGGUUCUCUGUUCUACAGUCAUCCAAGAUAUCGAGGAAUUCUGCAGGUCUGACACUUCCAGGAACUAUGCCUACUGGUACUUUCAAUUUAGCAAUGACGAAACACAGAAGAUGUACAACAUGAUCAGGUCCAUAUUACGACAAUUCAUGCCGCCAACACUUCCUGCAUCCAUAAUCAAACUUUGGAAGGAACAUUGUCAUCGAGGUAGUAAGCCCCAACAGCGAAGACUUGCGGAAAUCCUCGACAAUGUGCUGGAAAAUUCUCAGGGUGAGUCUUUCCUUAUCCUCGAUGCUCUGGAUGAGUGUCCCGCGACUGGGGACGACGAACGGAGCCCGCUCUUGCAAUUUCUUGAAGAAUUGGUAGGAAAACAUCAAACCAGAUUGCACAUCCUUGCCACCAGUCGACCAGAGCCUGAUAUACGCUCGAGGCUGGAGCACUAUCAAAGCGUGGAUCUGGAGACUGGACUGGGGAAAGAUGUGGAAACUUUCGUCCGUGCUCAAGUUGCCCAUGGCAGGUUAUGUGAAUGGGGCGAGUCGAUUAAAAACCAGACUUUAGAGAGAUUGCUUGAUAUUCCGGAACGGCGCUUUCGCUGGGCUGAGUUGCAGAUAAAGCGGCUUGAAAAGUCCAAAACCGAGGAAGCAUUCCAGAAGGCUCUUGAUUCUAUUCCAGUCACACUCGAGGAUACCUAUAGAGAUACCCUCGAGAGGAUACCACCAGAUGAUCGGGAAGCAGCCCGCACGAUAUUGAUAUGGCUCAGUUUCUCUGUCGUCCCGCUGAACCUGAAGACUAUCGCGGAUGUUGUGUCUUUCCGCUUCCCAGAAGACGUUGUGACCACCUGCACUACUUCCCUAGUCACUGUGAGCAUCUCUGAUGAUACUGUGAGGCUGGCUCAUUUCUCCGUGAAGGAGUUUCUAGUACGCAACGAAGCUGAGGGUCACUGGUAUCAAUUCUCGGCCAUAUCUGGUCAUGAUCUCAUAGCAAACAGAACGAUCGACUGUCUGCUCGACACUACCGAGAUCCUAAACAAAACCACCGCCAUGCGACAGCCACUACUUAUCUACGCUGCGAAAUAUUGGGACCGUCAUCUGGCAGAAGUAGGGGAAUCAUAUACCAAUUACACCGGUCUCCAGGAAAAGGUUGACUGCCUGUUCACAGAGCGUGAUAUUUACUUCAAUUGGAUUCGUUUGGUUGAUUUUGAUUUUGAUUUGGUGUGGGAUAAGUCAUUCGAGGAGCUACAAUCGCCUCUGUAUUCCGCAUCACAAAGAGGACUCAAACCCACAGUUGAGCUGCUGCUUGCAAAAGGUGCGAAUCCAAUGGGAUCAGAACUUGAUAAACGGAACAAUGCUUUGCUAGCAGCCGCGCGUGGAGGCCAUCUGGAAAUUCUAGAAGUAUUGCUGCAUAAAGUGGAUGAGAUCCCUCUAAGAGUGUCUGAACGCCUGCUGAGGACUAUUCGCGCCACCGAGUCCGACAAAGAGAAGUUAACAAUGAUUUUGGACCUACUCUGGGACAAGGGUGCUUUGCAUGAUCGAUCAAGAGCGUCGCUUAAGAUCAUUGAUGGGAGACUACUUGAAAGAGCAGCUAAAAAUUGGAUGUCGGGCCACACAGUAAUGAGCUGCCUUCUGGAUCGAAAAGAGAGAAUGGGCAUCAAGAUAACCGGAAAGUUGCUAAGAGCUGUGCUGGAGAAUAUACACUGCGGCAACAAAACCAUGCACUUGCUUCUAGAAAAGUGUGGCAUGGAUAUAAGACUUACCCCAUCAUUGGUGCAGCAGGAUGUGGUUCCGCUGAAUAUUGGUGCCAUGAUUGCCAUUUUGAAUAGGCAGGUAAAAAAUAAUAUUAAGUUGGAUGAGGAUUGGGUUAAAGCUUUUGGAAGGGGAAAGAAAGAAACAAUGGAGCUGCUUCUUCAGGAGCGUGGCGAGGAAAUCCGAGUCACCCGGAAUGUGCUCAUUUCAGCUGCCAGGUUUGCAUGCGAUCCACAGACAGUGAGGCUACUUCUAGCCAGGCGAGAACCGGAAACAAAUAUUGAUAAAGAGAUCUUCUUAGCUGCUGCAGGAAACAACUCAAAAGGCAGUGAAAUCAUGGAUAUGUUGCUUGAUGAAUGUGGGCAGGACACUAUCGUUGAUGAGGAGAUUAUUCGGAGAAUUGCGCAAAACCCUUCCCAAGGUUUGGCAAUGAUGAAGAUGCUCCUGUGCAGACAGCAAGCGGGCUUUGUGGUCACCGAGCAAAUAAUUUGCGACGCUGCUCGGUAUCAAGAUCGGGAAAUGUUGGAGCUCCUGGUGAACAAUGCCGGUGGUUCUGAUCUGCCCAUCACAGGGAAGACUUUAUGCUCUGUAGCUGAUAAUCAUUGGCGUGGGCGAACCUUGAUAGAAUAUCUAUUUGAUCUUCUAGGUCGCAGUCUUCCAGUUUCAGAAGAUGCAUUGAUAUCUGUUGCCGACGCAGGUUCUUCCACAGCGGACUAUGUACUCGCAUUCAUCUUGGAGAGAUGGCCAGAUAUUCCGGUAACUGAUCGACUGUUGGAAGCAGCAUGUACUCUCCCUAGCUCCAUGAGCCUGUUAUUGGAUCGGCGGCGUGAUUGCCUUCCAUUUAUGAGAAUGAUCCAGAAAUUAGCAACUGAAAGUGACGUGCGCAGUGGAUGGGUGCUGGGAAUGCUUCUCGACCGGCGGCUUGUGGAAGUGGAUGAAUGGUUGGUGGAAACAGUCGCUGGUAACAGCCAUGCUCUGAAAGUUGUCCACAAGAGAAAUCCUGAUUUUCCAGUGACGUCAAAUAUGACUACCGAAUUUGCACAAGACAGGGGUGCAAUGAAGAUCCUGCUCGAUAGACAGAAGAAUCAAGUCUUGAUCACAGAAGAAGUGGUAAAAGCCUCAUUGUUGGGGUGGUGUUCCGACUCUGUCAUACGCUUGCUUCUGUCCCAGCUGGGAUCGGAAGCUGUGCCAAUUACAGAGGAUAUCCUGAUCUAUGCUGUUCAGAAUAACAAUGUAAUUGGGAGAGACCACAACAUCACGGCUCUAGAAUUGUUUCUGGAACAAGGCCGUGACCUCAACCUUGGCACAGUCUGGGAAGCAAUAUGGCAGGAUCCUGAAAUUGACCCAGCAUCUCUGGCUCAGACAGCAGGAACUCUAUUACGAUAUGUCAGCUUUGAUGUGUCGGAUCAAAUGCUGGAGAGGCUCCCAUCUUUGCCCCGGCAAGACUAUGUCUCGUGUCGCCCUUUCGACGAUUUUAUUCGCUCCUGCAUGCAGCACCGGAUUCCGUUGCCCACCAGCGAGGUAGCAGUCGAGUUGAUCGUGGAAAGAGCAAGCUUAAACACAAUCGACAUAUAUUUUGAGGAUCAUCCUGACAUUCCUAUCACUGAGAAGCACAUUGAAGCUGCCAAGAGGAAUCCAAGAGAGGACGUCGACAAGGAUGAAUUGGUGUCGCUUCUGCUAUCUGCCAAGUCGAGAUCACCUUGA